AUUUGCUCAAGACAUCUGACUCAACAUAAAUAAUAAUGUUCUCAAAUGUGCUUCAUAGUCUGCAUCAACACGCUACAUUUUAUAGCAUCCUUGAUUGGAAGAUCCAAAAGCAUUGUACAAAUGCUAAUUCCAACACUAUUCUCAAAAGACAGUGAAAAAAGGAAGGCUGGAUAAAAUGACUGAUGCAUCCAAAACCUAUGUUGUUUUAAAAGUCCAAAAUUUGAAAAGCACUACAGUCGAUAGACAAGGAAGUGACCCUUGCUGGGAACAAGACUUCAUGUUUGAAAUCUGUGCUGAUGGAAAGGGCUUCCUUGUAGAGCUGUGGAAGAAAGGCUUGCUCUGGGAUACCAUUUUGGGAGUUUUAUGGAUUCCCCUUGCAACUGUGGAAUAUGCAACAGAUGAAGGCCCGGGUUCCUGGUGGACCUUGCAUUCUGAAGUAAUAAAAAAUGGAAGUGAGAUUCAAGGCACAAAAACACCAACUUCACAUGAGAUCUUACUAGAUGUCUACUUUGCAUUACCAUUUGAUACCCACAAAGACUUAGAUUGCAGAGCCUGGCACAGAGAGCCACCCCUCCAAAGUACAAGACCUUCACAUCAAGAUGCAUUUGAUAUUUGGCCACCCGUGGAAAGUGGUCUCAGCACACAAGAGAGCAAACCAAGGAGAAAUACAUUCCAAGGUGAUGGAGGUAACUUUGCAAAAGCACGAUGGGCCAGGGCUAUUCAGAAGAGCAACAAUAGUUUAUAUGGAUAUGGUCCCCACUGAUGAUGAUCCCGUUGGAGAUACAAAUACUUGUCUGGAUCAAAAAUGGUGUUUUGUGGAAACA